AUGACCCAAGUUGAUGUUUCUGGCAAGUUGGUAUCUGAGAUAGGACUCUUGGCCAAUCUCCAGGAGGUCAACCUCGCCGGAAACAACCUAUCUGGAGAAAUCCCUGCGACGCUUGGUAACUGUACAGAGCUGGUGUACCUAGACCUGUCGAUGAACUUUCUCAGUGGCCCAAUUCCUGAGAGCUUCGGAAGAUUGAAAAGACUAUACUUCCUGUCACUCUACGGGAACUUCUUGAACAAUGGCCUUUGGAGGACUCUAUUUCAGCUUCCGCUACUGGAAACGCCCUACCUGAACCAGAACAACUUCUCUGGCAUAAUUCCAGACAGUAUUGGGAACCUAACGGUGUUGACAAUUGCUUGGUUGAGUGACAAUCACCUCUUCAGUGUCCUUCCCGAAUCGAUUGGCAAUUGCACCCAACUGACAGAACUUUAUCUGUUCAACAACCAGCUAGUUGGUUCAUUGCCCCCGACGUUGAACAGAAUCAGUGGCCUUGGUUAUGCUGAUGUUCACCGGAACAGGUUCAGUGGAAGAGUUCAGAUUGGUGAUGGUGGGUGUGGAAGCUUGAAUGUAUUAAUAUUGUCCUUCAAUAGUUUCAGUGGUCAAAUCCCAAUGCAGUUGGGAAACUGCAGUGAACUCGUGGCAUUAGCCAUGGUAGACAACAGUUUAAACGGCUCUAUUCCCGCUUCCUUCGGCUCCCUGAUGAAGCUCCCGCCUAUUGUCAUUUCCAUAUUGGUUCAUUUUACCUAUGGCAAAAUCUUGUUUCAAAAACUCUUUAUGCAUCUCCAUAUAGUAAUUCAAACAUUACCCAAGGAUUUCUGA